AUGGGAGACCUAUGGUGGUGCCUGCUCCUGCCCCUGUCCCUGGCAGCCUCCCAUGGGGUCAUAGGCUGCUUGGAAUGUGACCCUAAAUUCAUAGAGGAUGUUAAGUCCUUGGUGUCAAAUCUGGUACCCUCAGAAGUCCCUGGCCGAACUCAUCUCCUUGAACGGUAGAUUAAGGAGAUGAUCAAUUUAAGCUUCAAGAUCUCCCACGGGAACAAGACGCUUCGGGUGUUGGCUGUUGAAAAGGUUGUCAAUUUGAGAACAUGGCUGAAGAAUGAACUGUAUAAACUGGGCAAUGAAACAUGGAAAGGCGCCUUAAUCCUUCAAGGCAAGAUUAUCGAUGUCCGCCGAAACCUGGAAUCCAAACUGAAAGAAGUACUAAAGAACUUCUCUGAAGUUGUCGUGACUGAAGGUCCUACCUUGGAUUGUUGGACCUGUCUUCGCAUCACCACCCAGUGCUUCAAAGGAGAGUAUUGUGGAGAGGAUUCAAGGAAGACUGAAAAUCGAGAAAUUGCACUAUUUCUGAUAUUGUUCGCAGAAGCCAUAAUAUUGGGAAGUGCUUUGUUAUUAUUCUAUAUUUGUGUCAUUCAUCGGAAGGAAAUGACAAUACGAAGGUCAUUAAAGAAAUACUUGGAGGAGAAACUUGAAGAAUUAAUGGAGAUGACAGAUGAGAAGAAGGAGAAAGAAGAUUUAGGAAUCAGAAAAUAA